UAUGGUCUCAAUGUUCCAGCCCGAGCAGACAGUAGCAUUUUGGCGAUCUAGCCAAACGUAUGUUUUGGAUAUCCCACAUUUUGGUGAAUUUUCGAUACUAAGACGACGAAACACAAAGACAAAAAAAUAAAAAUGGAAUAAAAAAGUUAAACGAUGGGAAUGUAAUUCCAGGGAAAAUUGAUUGAGAUGAACUCAUGCUACAACAGAUUAAUGAGACCGGGUAAUAUCAACCACUUUCUUAUUUGAAUUUCUAAUGUUUAGUGUUACCACAAACAAUUAAGGCGAAAUUAAUUGCCGCCAAAUAAUCGCUCGUCUGAUAAAUUGAUCUCAUCUAUUUAGUAAAGUUGCAAAAACAAGACAAGUCAGUGAGAGCAGGGGCAACCUUCGGUGACAAAUGGAUGGGAGUCAACAUGGCCAACUAAAUGUUAUGACCAUUUCAAAGGUUUGCUACCAACAGCAAAGCUUUUUGUAAUUGAUGAUACAAUCCGUCUACGGUGUCAUCGAGGAUGGAGAGGUAGUGCCAACACUUCUCGAGCCUUUUUAACCCGAAUGAGGAAAGGGGGCAACAGCGACAUCCAGGUCAACUUUGGUGUCUGCAAUAUAUCAGGGUCAUUCGAUCGCCUGUCAGCCUGUCCUUGCGGCUUUGCGAAUUUCCUAGAUUUCGAGAAUCAACAUUUUGUCCGCCAUGACCAACUGUCAGUACUCGUUCUUCCUCAAAUUCAGACUACCGUAGUUUUAUUCCUCAUUAGUAGUGCGAUCAAGACAAUGAUCGAUGCUUUUGCACCAAGGUAAAAUGAGGCUACAUCGACCUACAUCUUUCCAGGAAACAAACCAUGAUAAAGGCCAGAGUGCUUUGUUAUCAAACCAGCACAGGGAUUCCACAACCAGCGAAAUGAAUGUUCUCGAAAAAAGACACAGGCUGGAUGUGUUGCCGUAGCAAAAAAAUGCUGGGUCACGUGAUGCCAUUAGCACAAGAUUGGAAGUGAGAGUUUAACAUCAAAGGCACCGACAGAGUCAUUAUUGUGCAGACAGGACAUAAUAAGUUUCAGUAGUUCACCAGACAUCGUGUACAAUACUGGCAAUUGCUGGCAAUACAGUAAUGAAACAGUUAGAUCGUGGAUUGCUGGCAAGUGAAAGUCCGGGUUAGGGAAUUACUAAAUUACUCGGUCUUAGCAUGCGAGGCAUGUCUCCGUAAGCCAAUGGAACUUUUACUCUUCGCCAUUUUCUGACACAACUUACAUCUGAUGAAAUUAAUACAGGGAUAGAAUAUGCUUUUCAAAAUCAGAACGCGUUGGGACAGCCUUUCCUGGAGAUGCACUAGAUCAUCUUAGCAUUGGAGCAUGUUCUGGACAAGCGCAGUCAUGUGUGAACAGCAAAGGACGUACAUGUACCCCUAUCUGAUUACGACGAGUAAGAACUGACCUCAGCGAGAAGGGACCAACUAAGGAAAGGUGUUGGACUAACUAAGAACACUUUCUAACAAACAUUUGGACCCUCAUAAGGAGAGGAGUACAAAAUGCAAAAAGGGACAAUUUCACUGGCCUUCAAACAUAUCGAAUGAGUCAUCAGUUUAGGGCUCGUCUACUCACUGUGCAAAUACGUCCAGUCAGUGAAGGGUGCCAACUUGCUGCAUGGCAUUUAGCGAGGCAUUUGAUUGGUAAAACGUGAGGAAGACACCAAUGCUCAAAAGUCGAUCUUAUGAGAACCGACUGCUUGAUGUCUCCCGCCAACCGCUGACAGGCCACGAAACCUAACCUCGCCGAUGCGGAACUGAGUGCCUGGUUUGCCCUUCGUGGAUCUCUGCUGCAUAUAUUAUUGAUUGAAGACCAGGAACCACAUCACUAAAUCACCAGAUCGCGCUGAAACUCGGAAGAGAUAGCACCGGGGAAAAACGCAGUGGACUUGUGGUGAAUUGCCAUACACAAAGUUUUAGCUCAAGUGCUGUCCGGAAUUCAGCAGUGUUUUCAAACAGUGUAAUUGUCAAUGGAUGAUUGAUGGACCAAGGUCAUAACGCGGGAAUAUAAUUGGCCGGCAGUGUCACAUGUGUAGAUCAAUCUGCAUAAGUAGGCGUGGUUAUGAUAACUGGUCCACGGCACGGCGAGAGAAAAAUUAUUUCCACUCAAUUCAGGCAAAAUUAAUGACCAUGAGUACGUUCUUGAUGAACUCUAGCGCUUACGUUGAACCAAAGUUCCCUCCGAAUGAGGAAUACUCGCAUACAAGUUACAUGCCAGCCCAGCAAUCGGACUAUUAUCGGCCUCAAGGCGAAAAUUACGGGUACCAGCACGGGGAAAGUGUGAGUUAUGAGGAAGGGAAGGGACAUUACUCUCCGACAAGUCAGAGUUACGGGUAUCUUAACGGGGUGUCCCCUGUUCAUCACCGAGGAGCUCCUCCGGACGACCUCCCUUUGAACUGCGGACCAAUGCAACUGCCCACGACGACACUGGACUCUCAUCCAACAAAUCAGGGCCACAAUCCAUCGACAGGAGCCCCAGUUAUUUAUCCUUGGAUGAAGAAAGUCCACAGUACCACAGCAAAUGGCAACUUUAAUGGCAGUGAAAGCAAACGAACACGAACAGCCUACACAAGACAUCAAAUACUCGAACUCGAAAAAGAAUUCCAUUUUAACAGAUAUCUCACGCGACGACGGCGGAUAGAAAUCGCUCAUGCGCUGUGCCUAACAGAAAGACAAAUCAAAAUAUGGUUCCAGAAUCGAAGAAUGAAAUGGAAGAAGGAACACAAACUGCCAAAUACAAAAUUACGGUUACCUGACACUCACGAAGCACAUAUAACGGAUUUAAGUGGGGCGAUGCCUCAUGAUCAGUCGUUAAUGCGUGAGGGAAUAGCAACGUAAGAUAUGUACGGGAGUGCAUGUACAUUCGAUGCACUGUUCGUGCCUGUGCUGUAUCAUUGCUCAGCGUAUUCAAGUGACGGCGUUUGUACAACGAGCAUUCGGAGGAUAUAAGCUCAGUUGUUGUAUGUUGACAAUAGGUGACCCGAAAUAUGACAAUGGUAUUCCUCACGUACAUUACGGAUGCACGUUGCAUCACCGGUCAGAUCAUUUCAUUAUGUGCAACGUUCGGUGGUGCUGCGUGACAGUCAACGAGACCUAAACAUCUUGGUUGUAGUUUAGAGAACUCGUAAACGUAGCAUGUCUGUGGAUCGGCAUGAGGAAGGUACUUCGGCACGAGUACUUGGUGUCUGUCAAGAGGAACAUGAUGUGAGAUGCAGCUCCUUUGUCAAUGGACAGUGGGGGUGGUAGGGAAUAGAUGGUGCGAUCCUGAUGAGAGAAUCAAGAGCGCAUUUUGGUACUUGAAACAACGAUGCAAUAACCAACAGGGCUAGGAAUAGAUGGAUGCCUGUGCAUCGUACGUCGAAAAUCCCAAGCACAUUCUUCUAGGAUUUUUAGUUAAUAUCUUAUUUACUUUGUAUACAUAUACAUGGAAUUUUUACAAGAUUCUUGUAACAUAAGAAUUAAGGAUAUUUAACCGAAUCGUACAAUAAUCAGGAAAAAAUCGUCUGCAUGUUUAGGAAAUUUAACUUGAUAAAAUAUUAACCAAUAAUCUUAUAAGAAUCUCUUCGGGAAUUUCGGCCAAGCUAUAGGGUUAUCAACGAAAUAUGAUUGGAAAGUGUUCUAACAAAAAUGCGUUUGCAGUUAAUGUAAUUCAAACCUGAAAGCUCCUCUCCAAGCAACCGUGAAUUGACCACGAUAUAUAUCUCAACUCACUGCUUGCACACAUACAGUCAUUAUCUUUCCACAAUUACACUGUUUUAGUUGUGGCUUGUGGCUGUCGUUUGUAAUGAUUGUCCUCCUGUAAUCUUUAUAACUUGUGUGACAGCCUUCAGUACUGGGAUGUGAGAAUAGCAAAUCUCAAUAUUUGACAAGUAGUGACAAUUAUCUGCCAAGUCAGCAUAGCAAGAAUAACAUAGGCACGUUAAUAAUGAAAGCAGUGAUUUCGUCCCAUGUUCUAUAACCAAGUAAUUCUGAAAUCGUUCGAUAUCUCAACCCCCUCCCCUGUACCCACUCCUAGUGUGAGAUUGUGGUGCGUUAUCACGGUUACUCCACAAGCCAUCAUCCGUCAUCCUAAUGACGGCUUGCUUUGAUCUUUACCUGGCGGCAAACAUCAAAGGAAUCGCAUAUGUCACUGAGUUUUCCCAAUAAUAACUACGAGUGGUUGCAUUGAAGGAGGGGGAUGGCAAUCUAUCGGCCAGCUUCAAGAUACGUUGGCCAAAACAUUCUAUACAUCAGAAAAAAGUUCAAUGUGCGACGUUUUGGUGAUCAGGGCAAACUGGGGUGAAAGCGGGCUAAGGUGACCACAGUUGUUAUCACGAUUGCUGAACAAGUUAUCUUUACCCAACACUUAAGGUUUGAAGUGCCUUUAAAGCAGUUCAGACUAAGUUGGCAUUUGAUUUUACCCAUUUUCCACGAAAAUGAGCUUGUGAAUCAGGUUGGAAACUAUGAAGUGCAUCUUUGAACAAUGGUGAGAAAUAACAUAUGUUUCGUGGUUUAAAAAAGUUGGAACCUUGAUUUUGGCAACAUAUUCAAUACUUCCCUCUGACUAAACGUAUUGUUUCGUAAUAAGAAGAACUAGUGGUAUAUCUUCUUACUCCAACCCGCCGCUUUAAAGUAUGUGAGGCGAAGAUCUGUUUUUGUUUUCUUUAGUAAUAAUCUCACAUCAUGUAUCGUUUAUGUGGCAAGUGUUGGAAUCACUGAUGGCUUAGACAACGCGAGUUAAACAUCAGGAAUUUUUAAAGAAGUGAAUGGCAUUUGGAGAACUAACUCUGCUAGUGGAUGAUGGGGAUGGCCAUUUAUUUGGUGGAACAGGGUUUUCUAUCAAAGCUUUUGUCACAAUGAAAUCAAACGAGGUUUUUUCAGGGAACUUGUAAAAGUUGUUGGUUACGGUAACUUGCGUAAUGGAAACUACUAAUGGAAUUGCUUGUUGUCGAUCGGGUAUAUGUAUCACCUGGAAGUGUGCGGAUGUUACAUAAAAACUAGCACAUCCCGAAAUUUCAUAGUGACUUAAAGCUACGAUAGACACCAGCCUGGACCUAAAGGGUAAAAUACAACUAACAGGGUCUGAUGACAUUACAGGGUUUGGGAAGUUCUGUAGAAUCUCGGGUUUGAAUAGAAUGAUGCGGUUUCAGCUGUAGGCCUACCUGUAGUUAUAUUUGUUAAUACUCUGGUCUUAUUGGCAGUGAUGUGCACAAGCAUUUUCAAUGUCAUGCUAGUAUUGCAUCUACAUGACAUGUAUGACUUCGAAAUUUUAAAAAAAUAAUCUAACAUUGGGAAACUCAUCUGUUUACUGAUUCAAGUUGCAAAUCAAUACAUUUGAGCAUUUCCGAUAGAAGUAUUAAAAUGUUGAGACUGGUAUGAUGUAGACAGAGCGAGCUUGGAAGGAAUAGGAACCACUUGGACUGAGUGUAGACUUCGGACACAUCUCUGAAAGGAAAAUUUGCCUUGUAAGAUAACAUUACAACUUCGUAUUGAUGUACAUUUUGUAGUGGUAAUUUCACCAAUAUUAUACUGAGGUCGUUUGCACAUUGUAUACAGUCAUGUGCGUGUGAGUGCAGUACACUUUUCGUGAAAUAACCGAUAGUUUUAUCGUGAUUCUACAUUGGAGAGAUUCGUCACUUAAUCAUAGUGUAGUUUCAUCAAACAUGUAUUCGGCGAAUCAGCAUCGAUUAUGCCUAGUUCUUCAACAAGCUUUGGUAAAAUGGACUAUAAUCAAGUGGCUAAUCUCUUUAAACGUAGAUCCACGAUUUUAGCUUUUAGCCUCGUCAAACUUUAAUGAUCUCUUAUCUUUGUUGUAUGUUUGUUUCAAAAGAGGUCAGUGAUCUCAUUAAUGAGUUCAUUUCACCAUGGAUACGCUUGAAUGCCUAGUGCAUUUAAUAGUGGUUGCUGUACAUUAACAUAUGUGUAAUUCAAGCUACUUCAUGGUGAGAUGAACCCUACUAUUAUGAUAUACCUCAUCUUUCUUACAUGUGUAUCAUGAAAUGGCUUAUUUCGUACAUGUUCUUGUAUGAUUUUAUGUGUUGAAUCUGUGUAAACCACUGUGUACAUACUUUAGGAAUACUUGGUGCAUCUCUAGUUACAAAGAAGAGCCUUAAUGAAGGCGACUGACACAUUGCCUCAAAACCUUCCACUAUCUUAAAUGUACUGGUUCCAGGACCCAACCUUUAUAUCCUUAUGAAUGAAAUGGAAGUCGUUUUUCAAAUGAAAGAGUGGGCUCCCCUAAUACUCUAUUGAACGCAGGGUGCAGGGUCAAAUUAGGCAACACAACAUAGAAAUAUCACGAUACAUACAGGGGCCUUGUUUUGACUUGGGUUGCAACCAAAUUAGCAGGUGAUUUACUCAGUAUUGGUGUAUCAUCUUUUGUCCUUGACUUAGUCCCUACUCAGUGAAAUGAGUUAAUUAUCCUUCUCCAAGAUCCGUCUCAGGUAGUAAGUGACAUCACGACUUCAAAUAUUCCUGUUAACUGAUCAUGUCUAAAAACAAGAUGCGAUGUGAUAUCUGACACUAAAGAUGACAUUGCACAUUUUGAGAGAAUUCGGGGAGGUUAAGCCUUUGGGAAUGAUUGACAAGAAAAAUAAUCAAUGUCUCUUGGAACAUUUUGUUUCUUGAGUGAGGUUAUUUCAUGCAUUUUGCAAUAAUUUAAGGACAAAUGCGAGACAUUAGAUUUGUAGAAAAAGGAAACAACGCCCAGUGCAAGUCAAUACCAACUACAUCUCGUCUGUUAUCUUGUCGAAAAUCAUUUCAAAUGACUUAAUCGUGUUUUGUUACUCGGCUGUGCAAUCACCCAGCGCGUUUGCUUUUAAAACACUUUAAAUUGCCAUGAUUAGAGAGCACCAUUCUACAAAUUGGACCUCAUUUAUUUUCAAUGUAUCACCAUUACUCGGCUCAAACUGAAAAUGAACCCAUUAGGUUUCUUUUGAAGCUGGGACACCUGUUUAUCUAAUCGUGUGAAAGCUGAUGGUAAUUGUAGAGAAUCAGACUCACUCUCUAAAGUUUGAAGGUGAGAGGUGUUCUUUCUUUGACUUAAGGGUCGUUAAAAGUAGCGUUUUGUUCAUUGGUUAUUACGGCUAUAUCCACGAACAUUCCUCGGUGUUAAACUACUUUCGAAUUUUGAUCUAACAUUUUGAUCACAUACGGUUGAGAGUGUGAACAGCAGCGUUAUAGAUAAUAGAAAAGUUAAGAAGCUACUGACAUCAGUUUACAGGGCGUGUUUAUAUUUUUAGAUGAACACCAACUUGGGUGCUGACAUGUGCUAUCACCUCCUCAGUCAUCAACCAUUCGCGAUAACUCAUAAAACUUAAAAUGUAAAUUUGAAAUGAAUCUCUUGUAUAUUUGCCUUACUUUUCCUUUUCAACCUAAGCAUAAUAUGAUGUUUUACCUUGCUGUCGUUCGUACCCGCUAACUGACAUUGUACGGAUUACUCGAUCUAGAUAUCAAGCAUGUACUGAUGUAUAUCAAUAUCGAAACUUAAUAUUGAAAGUAACGUGCCCCAUUACACUUCGUAGCCUGGGGCGGUUCGACCCUACACGUUUUUGUUGUACUGGGUGCUAUUUUUCUAAGAGUAGUUUGGCAAUAACUCGUUGUGAGUAAAGUGUGUAUCUUUGUCCAGUAUCAGAGUGGGUGAACAAUGAGCAUUGGACAUGAUGGACAGAACAAAUUUGGCAUGCUCUGAUAUUGGUUCCGAGUCAGAUUCUAGCCUAGAAUUCAACGUGGUACACAAUGGUGAUGAUACACAGAAAUAAACGUGUUUUUGA